AUGGUUCCUAAUUUGAAAGCUGAAGCUCUCAGAUAUGGGAAUUUGGCACAGCUUUGUAACGACGCAUUUGAUGGCAAAAGCUACUCCAAAAACUACGGCACAUGUUAUCACAGUAAAAGAGAUCUGUUCAAUAAGAUGGGCAUGUCUGAAAGUGGCUACCAAGUCACUAAAUAUGUUUACGCCAAUACUAAUCUGUUAAAUCAGGUUUUUGGUGAGAAACCAAAAGACCAAGGUGUUUGGUUGGGUUCUAUUGCAGUUUGCACGGAUCCAAAUGAGAUAAGAAGGCUUGGACGACGAGACAUAGUGAUUGCAAGGAGAGGAACUCAGACUGCUGAAGAAUGGAUAGAAGACCUGAGAGAUAUUCUUGUACCUACAAGAUUAUCCUAUAGACGCAAGAGGACAGGCAAAGACCAAGAGCAUCAUUUCGCGGAUGGAGUACUAAUUGAGAGAGGAUUCCUGAGCUGCGAUACUUCAACUGUCCGUCACCGUCAAGGCGCUGCAGGAGCCAGUGUGAACAUCAGCACCAGAGAUUUGCUAGUCUCAGAGAUAGAACGAUUGAUUCAAGUUUAUGAAAAAGAGAUGGACAAUUUAAGCAUAACAUUUACGGGACACAGCUUAGGAGCUGCUCUUGCAACCUUGAGCGCUUAUGAUAUCAAACAAAUGCUUUGCACCAAGCAUAAUUUUCAUCAAAUUCCCGUCACCGUCUUCGCUUUUGCCUCUCCCCGGGUGGGAAAUCUUGCGUUUGCUAAACGGGUGGAGGAGAAUGGAGUGAAAGUGCUGAGGUUUGUGAACAAGCGUGACCUGGUUCCCAAAGUGCCCGGAGUUUUAUGA